CUCUCUCUCUCUCUCUCUCUCUCUCUCUCCGUUGGCAACAACUACUGCCCAACUAUCAACUAGCAAGCCGCACCCUUUGAAUGUUUGCUCAUCUUAAGGCUUUAUAAUACAAACUCAUGGUCUCCAAUCUAAUCCUCUCUACUCCAAACCACAGUAUAUCUCUCUCUCUCUCUCCUCAUGGCACCAACUUCUUUUCACCAAAACUCCAGCACAGUUUGUGUCAUGGACGCCUCAGGGCUCCUAGGCUCAGGCCUAGUCGAGCGGCUACUCCAAAGAGGCUAUACUGUUCAUGCUGCGGUUCAGAACCCUGGUGAUCACUUGAUAUCAUUGAACGGACUUUCAUGCGACAAGAAGAAACUGAAGAUGUUUCAUUCGGACCCUCUUGACUACCACAGCAUAAUUGAUGCUCUGAGAGGCUGUUCUGGCUUGUUUUACACAUUUGAGCCUCCUCCAGACCAACUUGUUUAUGAUGAGGUAAUGGCAGAAGUUGAGGUUAGGGCAGCACACAAUGUAUUGGAAGCAUGUGCUCAAACGGACACCAUAGACAAGGUUGUAUUCACAUCCUCAACAACAGCUGUUAUUUGGAGAGACGAUCGAAAUUCGUCGUCAUCUUCUGCAGAUUUAGAUGAAAAACAUUGGAGUGACACCAAUAUCUGUCGUAAAUUCAAGUUGUGGCAUGCCCUGUCCAAGACGCUGGCGGAGAAGACUGCUUGGGCCUUGGCAAUGGACAGGGGGGUAAAUAUGAUGUGUAUCAAUGCAGGAAUGGUGGUGGGUCCCGAUUUGUCAAUGACAAACCCGUAUUUGAAAGGAGCGGCCGAGAUGUACGAUGAUGGUGUUUUCGUGACCGUUGAUCUGGAUUUCCUUAUUGAUGCACACAUUUGCGUCUUCGAAGAUGUAUCAGCCUAUGGACGUUACUUGUGCUUCAAUCACGUGAUUAAUCGGACCCAAGAUGCCAUCAAGCUCGCCCAAAUAUUGACACCUGUCUCUACUCAUCAUCAAAGCUAUGAGGAAGAAACAAGGAUGAUCCAGCAGAGGAUAAGCAACGAGAAACUGAACAAAUUAAUGGUUGAUUUCAAAAGUAGACCCCACCAAGAAUGAAUGGCCUUUGAAAAGUCUACACGUAGACAGAUGUCUGUUCUCUGUGCAAAGGAGAUAGUAUAAAAGUAUUUAAUGUGAUCUUAGCAAAACCCCGAAGGUUAUGGUCCCCAGGGAGGUGGGUGGUUGUACUGAGAUUUCUAGAACGAACUUAAUGUUAUUACGUUGUACACAUAUGUGGGUAAGAGAGUAUAUAAAGGCUUACCUAUCAAGUGGCUUCAUCAAUGCACAUCCACGUCUUCUCGUUGAAUGUCAACGACUUGUGGCAUUGACGUGUCUAUAGAAACAAGUUGUAGGUGGGUGAGCAACAUUUAAGAGUACCACAUGGAAGGUUUAGGAAAAUAUAUGUAACCGUGAAAUCGAAUCAAAGAUAAUUCAUUUGGUAAUAAAAAUAAACUGUAAAUUUGGACGUAUAAGUUUGAAUUUUUGUAAUAUUUUGGGAUCAAAUAAUGAGAAAUUUGUAUCUCAU